AUGGCAUCCCUAAGAAAUCUGAAAAUCAAGACUGGUACUUGCAAACGCAUUGUUAAGGAGCUUCAUUCUUAUGAGAAGGAGGUUGAGAGAGAAGCUGCAAAAACAGCAGACAUGAAGGAGAAAGGAGCUGACCCUUAUGACCUGAAGCAACAGGAAAAUGUGCUGGCUGAAUCAAGGAUGAUGCUUCCCGAUUGUCAGAAGCGCUUGGAGGCCUCACUAGCUGACCUUAAAGGAAUCUUGGCUGAAUUAGAAGACGAGUUGAACCAGAAGGAAGGCCCUGAAAUUGAAGAAGCUCGAACCAUUAUUGGAGAAGUUGAUAAGUUAUUUCAGACAACAGAAGCCUAG